CCUAACCGCUGCGCCGGUGCUGUGGAGGAGAGCAGUCCGUCUCUCUCACUGUGCGGGAAGUCAAAGGCAGUACCGCUUGUAUGCAGGAUAUAUAAGGAUGGUACAGGCUGCUUAUUACUGCAACGGGGAUAUUCAAAAAUAGAAAAACAAGUGAUGCGAUUUUACUUCUGUAGUCUUGUCAAAGUUGAUUCAAGUGUUGUAACGUUCAGCAAUACAUUUCCAUAAGAACCAUUAAGGAGCUUAUUUUAUGUAGCUCUAAUCUUUCAGCUAUUUAUCUAAGUAACUUUAUGAUUAACGCUCAUCCUGCAUUGUGGUUAGAGCCUGGAUGGAUCGGUCAUCUGACACAGUGUUUAUGUAGACGGCUGUCCAGUCCGCCGUACGCCCGUAAAAGCUCCGAGGAGCUGGAGCGCAUUUAGGGGAUCACACGUGGAUUCUGCUCCCUUUCGCAGCCGGAGGAAGCGUAGCUAGCUUAGUGCACCUCAGAAAUGCCUUUUGGAGUUCAAGUCUACCUUAUUUUUAUGCUCCUAAGGGUUAUUUUCACGGAUCCAAGUCACAGUAAUCAAGUUGUGUUGCUGGAUACCACCACUGCUCUGGGUGAGCUGGGCUGGAGAACGUAUCCCAUCAAUGGGUGGGACGCCAUUACGGAGAUGGACGAGCACAACCGGCCCAUCCACACCUUCCAGGUGUGCCAUGUGAUGGAGCCCAACCAGAACAAUUGGCUGCGCUCCAACUGGAUCUCCCGCGAGGCCGCACAGAAGAUCUACGUGGAGCUUCGCUUUACACUGCGUGACUGCAACAGCAUUCCCUGGGUUUCGGGCACCUGCAAAGAGACCUUCAAUCUCUUCUACAUGGAAGCCGACGAGCCCCAUGGCAUCAAGUUCAGGCCGGUCCAGUACACCAAGAUCGACACCAUCGCUGCCGACGAGAGCUUUACGCAGAUGGACCUGGGCGACCGGAUCCUCAAGCUCAACACCGAGGUGCGGGAGGUGGGACCCAUCAGCAGGAAGGGCUUCUACCUGGCCUUCCAGGACAUCGGGGCAUGCAUUGCGCUGGUGUCCGUGCGCGUUUAUUACAAGAAGUGCCCGUUCACCUUCCGGAACCUGGCCACAUUCCCAGACACCAUCCCACGUGUGGACUCUUCCUCGUUGGUGGAAGUGCGGGGGGCCUGCGUACGUAACGCGGAGGAGAGGGACACGCCCAAGCUGUACUGCGGAGCGGACGGCGAUUGGCUGGUGCCUCUGGGGAGGUGUGUGUGCAGCACGGGUCACGAGGAGCUGGACGGCACCUGUCUCCCUUGCAGACCCGGUUUCUACAAAGCCUUUACUGGGAAUCUCCGGUGUGCCAAGUGCCCCCCACACAGCUUCAGCCCUGACGAGGGCGCCACGCUCUGCAUCUGUGAGAAGGGCUUCUUCCGUGCUGAAAAGGACCCUCCCACCAUGGCGUGUACCCGGCCCCCAUCGCCUCCCCGCAACGUGGUCUUCAGCCUUAACGAGACCUCACUCUUCUUAGAGUGGAGCCCCCCCAGCGACACGGGGGGGCGGCGGGACCUCACCUACAGCGUCGUGUGUAAGAGAUGUGACGCAGACUCCCCUCGCUGUCAGCCAUGCAGUGGCGACCUGCGAUUUGUGCCGCGGUCUCGCAGCCUGACCGAAGCUUCCGUCACUGUGAUGGACUUCUCGACCCACACCAACUACACCUUCGAGAUUGAGUCCCAUAAUGGGGUGUCCGGCCAGAGCUCAUCCCCCCGGACUGCUGUGGCCGUCACCAUCAACACCGACCAGGGCGGUCCCCUGCUGAUAGGCAUGGUGAGGAAGGAUUGGGCUUCUCAGAACAGUAUCGCCCUCUCCUGGCAGGAGCCAGAACAGCCCAAUUUGGCUGUGUUGGACUAUGAAGUCAAGUACUACGAAAAGGAACAUGAGCAGCUCACCUACUCCUCGACCCGCACCAAAGUCCCCAGUGUUAUCAUCACGGGGCUGCGGCCCUCCACCUGCUACAUCUUCCACAUCCGGGCUCGCACCGCCACCGGCUACAGCGGCUACAGCCCCGAGUUCGAGUACGAGACAGGAGACGAGACUUCGGACAUGGAGGCAGAUCAAGGCCAGGUCCUGGUCAUCGUCACGGCAGCGGUGGGCGGCUUCACCUUGCUGGUCAUCUUGACCCUGUUCUUCCUCAUCACAGGACGGUGUCAGUGGUAUAUAAAGGCUAAGAUGAAGUCUGAUGAGAAGAGGAGGAGCCCCUAUCAGAACGGACAUGUCCCCUUCCCGGGAAUGAAGACAUACAUUGACCCAGACACCUACGAGGACCCGGCGCAGGCUGUGCACGAGUUCGCCAAGGAGAUCGAGCCGGCUCGAAUUCGCAUUGAGAGGGUGAUCGGUGCAGGUGAAUUUGGCGAGGUGUGCAGUGGGCGUCUUCGCACCCCGGGGAAGAGAGAGAUCCCAGUGGCCAUCAAGACGUUGAAGGGCGGCUAUGUGGAGCGGCAGAGGCGGGACUUCCUGCGGGAGGCCAGCAUCAUGGGCCAGUUUGACCAUCCCAACAUCAUCAGGCUGGAAGGUGUAGUCACCAGAAGUAGGCCUGUCAUGAUUGUGGUCGAGUACAUGGAGAAUGGAUCUUUGGACUCUUUUCUGAGGAAGCACGACGCGCAGUUCACGGUGAUCCAGCUGGUGGGCAUGCUGCGCGGCAUCGCCUCGGGCAUGAAGUACCUGGCUGAGAUGGGCUACGUCCACCGGGACCUGGCCGCCCGCAACAUCCUGGUCAACAGCAACCUGGUGUGCAAGGUGUCCGACUUUGGGCUGUCGCGGGUGCUGGAGGACGACCCAGAGGCUGCCUACACCACUACUGGUGGAAAAAUCCCCAUCCGCUGGACCGCUCCCGAGGCCAUCGCCUACAGAAAGUUCUCAUCAGCCAGCGAUGCAUGGAGCUACGGCAUCGUCAUGUGGGAAGUGAUGUCGUAUGGGGAGCGGCCCUACUGGGAAAUGUCCAAUCAGGAUGUCAUCCUAUCCAUCGAGGAGGGCUACCGUCUGCCUGCGCCCAUGGGCUGCCCCCUGGCCCUGCACCAGCUCAUGCUGCACUGCUGGCAGAAGGAGCGCAGCCACCGGCCCAAAUUCAGCGACGUUGUGGGCUUCCUGGACAAGCUCAUCCGCACCCCCAGCAGUCUGCUCACACUGGUGGAGGAUGUCCAGGGUUUACCAGAUUCUCCUGGAGAGGUCCAUGCCUACCCUCUAUAUAUCUCAAUCGAUGAUUGGCUGGACUCCAUUAAAAUGAGCCAAUACAAGAACAACUUCCUUGCUGCAGGCUUCGCCACAUUGGAUUCCGUCUCCAGAAUGAGCAUUGAGGACAUCAGGCAGAUCGGCGUGACUCUAAUUGGGCACCAGAGGAGAAUAGUGAGCAGUAUACAGGCGUUAAGGCUGCAGCUCCUUCACGUCCAGGAAAAGGGGUUUCAUGUAUGAGACUGCGCUCCGGCAGCCCAGGACUGUGCCUCAGUCACCUUGUCACAACCCAUCUCUGUGCUCUCGCUGCAAAGGCCUCUCUUCCCCUUCGAAUGACUCUCUGGCUUCCUUUGACUUCCAAUAAACCAAUGCAGUAAUCAACAUUGUUUAGAAGAACAAGUGUCCGCUUUUCUUUUCUUUUCUUUUUUUUAGCCAGACAAAGGACAGUGUACUACUGACUGUGCUUUUCCAAAAGGAACUGCUGUAAUGACAUUUCUCCACUCAGCAACAAAACUGAUACUUAGAGUUGUUUGGUAGAUGCGGGAAUGUGACCUACACUUUUUCUCCAUGUUUUGUGACCAUGUAGCUGCUAUCAGAUGUGAAAUCAAAGGACUGUCCUUGAUAUACUUAUGAUUUUUUAUAAGUAAAUGUUUUAAGGUGUUCUUCUUAAUUUAUUAAACUUCUUCCCAGAAUAUAUGGUAUGCAGAUACUUGAAAUCUUUGAAAAGCCAACUUUUAAGUACAAAUUGAAUGUUCAACUUUUACAUGUAUAAUCCAUUUACUGAUUAUUAUCUUAACCUGAUAUUUAUCUAUGUGAUGUUCUGUAUGUGGAAACCCUAGUCAAUUUCAAUUAUAUUUCCUUAGAUAUAUAAUUACAGUUUUCUUUAUCAUAGCAAUAUAUGCAGUUGUUUCAGGCAAAGACAUGCAUUAAAAGUGUACACUGUCCUAUUUAACAAAUAUUCAACACUGUCCACCUCAACAAUUAUAUUAUGAAAUAUGUAUGCUUUAAAAAUGCAGCUGAAAAGAGCUGAAAAUGGUUGUAGAUUUUAGAUCCUUCUUUUGGACCUCAUGUUUGCUGUAUGAACAAAAGCUGGGUCUGUGUUCGUCCUUCAUCAUCAACGUGCAGGCCAAGUAUUGUCCAGUUGUGAUAAGAAUUGAGCAAUGAUUUUCUCCAUAACUGGGAAACGGUAAUGAUUGAAUCAAUCGACCGAACCAAUCAAAAAAAUUAUGAUUAAAAAAAGUAGGGUUUCUAUAUGCAGGUUGUGAAGAAUUACAUCGUCCCAUACAGAUCCUCAGUACAUACUGCAAGAGGGAGAAGUGAGAACCUACUCUGGGAUAUACUUUCAUUUGAAUGGUAAUUUCCACACACUCACGCCAAGCAGCACCCUUAUCCAUACCUCUUAUUAUGAGAAAGAAAGCCUUCUUCUGGACAAAAAGAAUACUAAACUAGUGAUCCUGUAUAGCAGAAUUUUACUGUAAUAUUUCAAGCUUUCUCACACAGGACACCCAGAGACACUGGAACUGGAUAAACACUGUUUAGCAUGGUACUGCUAAGCAAUGGGAGGCAAUCUUUUGUACAAAGUACAAGUACUUAUAAUUCUUGUAUUUUAUUUUUCUAUAAUUUCCAAAGAGGCAUUGUCAGGUCUUACAGACUAUAUACGCCCAUUUAUGAAGAUAUUCAUUUGCAAAUAAAAGUUAAUA